GCAAAACUUUUGAUAUUACCUAUGUUCGUCUAAAAUUUUAUACAAGUCGUCCAGAAAGUUUUGGUAUUUAUAAAAGAACUAUACCCGAUGGUGAUUGGGUGCCGUAUCAGUUUUACAGUGCCACGUGUCAAAGUACUUAUGGGUUGAACGACACGUCAUAUGUUACGUACAGCGAUGAAACUAGAGCCCUUUGCACGUCUGAAUUUAGUGAUAUUUCUCCUUUAACCGGUGGCAACGUUGCAUUCAGUACUUUGGAAGGUCGUCCAUCUGCUUACAAUUUCGAAAACAGUCCAGUUUUACAG